GGCCACCGGCCCGCCAGUGUUGCCACGGCCGGGGAUGACGGCACCGAGAGACCCCCGGGGCCACCGAGAGCCACCCGGGGCCACCGAGAGACACCGGGGCCACCGAGAGACACCAGGGCCACCCGGGGCCAUCCACAGCCACUCAGGGAAACCCAGAGCCACUCAGGGCCACUCAGAGCCAUCCAGAGCCGCUCUGGGCCACUCAGAGCCACCCGGGGCCACUCAGGGCCACCCUCCCGGGACUGGCACCGCUCCCUGUCAUGAAUAUUCAGCCGCGCCUGGCCCGGCCCCGCUGUUUGCUCCGGCAGGAGGGGUUUGGGAGCGGGUUCACCUUGACGGGAACACCGGGACAGCGGCAGGUGAGCGGCACCUGCCCGCUCUGCCCCCCCGGGACACCCCGGGACACCCCCGGGACACCCCCGGUACACCCCCGGACACCCCCGGGAACCCCGGGACACCCCCGGGACACCCCGGACACCCCCGGGACACCCCCGGACACCCCCGGGCGCGGCAGGAGCAGGAUGGCCGACGGGCACGGCUGGUGGAAGCUGACGUUCCUGCGGAAGCGCCAGGCAGCGCCCACGGUGCUGUACGAGAGCCCCGAGGGGCCCGCGGCGCCGGGCGGGGACAGCGCGGAGGGGACCGGCCCCGAGGGGACGCCCGGCUUCGCCGCCCGCCUGGAGAAGAUCGUGGACAAGAGCACCAAGGGCAAGCACGUCAAGGUCUCGCACUCCGGGCGCUUCAAGGAGAAGAAGAAAGUGAGGGCGACGCUGGCCGAGCAUCCCAACCUGUGCGGGGCCGGCGAGCGCGAGGAGAAGUGACCCGGGCGCGUUGUCGCCCGCCGGGGACCGGAGCGGACUCAGGAUGGAAUUUAGCUGGGGGAUGAUCCGUGAGCUGCGGGACUGAGCCCGCGGCAGAGCGGGGCGCGGGGCCGGCGCUCCCCGUCCCUGCCGCUGCCCAGCGCGGACUGGUUCCUACUGGGAUGAGGAACGGCUCUGCCCCGAUCCCAUUCCCAGUCCCCUCCUCCCGUCACUUUCUGGGGCCGAGCCCCGCUCGUGUCCCAAUCCCGAGGGGCAGCAGAGCCGCCGAUGGCGCGUCCUUGCCGAGUCCCCCCCGAGAGGGGAUGCGACAUUUCCCUGUCCCGAGGGAGCGACCGUGCGGGACCGAUCCCCCCGCGGGGACCGCGGAGAGCCGCCCGGAGGAGCCGCCUUGCCCCGGGGAUCCCCGCCCGGAGGAGCCGCAUUCCCCCGGUGAUCCCCGCCCGGAGGAGCCGCACUGCCCCGGUGAUCGCCGCCCGGAGGAGCCGCAUUCCCCCGGUGAUCCCCGCCCGGAGGAGCCGCAUUGCCCCGGUGAUCGCCGCCCGGAGGAGCCGCAUUGCCCCGGGGAUCGCCGCCUUCCCCCGGGGGUCGCCGCCGCUGCUGGAAGCGGGGAUCCCACCCCGCGGCCCGGGAUGCUGGAAGCGCUCGCUCCUGCUGCUAAUUAACUGUGGUUAAUAAACCGAGCCUGGGAGCGGAGACGGCUCCGGGAGAGCUCCGCCGAUCCCUGGAUCCAGCCCGGAAGGGUGGGAAGGCUCCGGAUCCCCGCGGGACGCGGCGGGAGCGGGGCCGUGCCGGGCAAUCCCUGACCCGGCGCAGGAGGAGGAAGCAAAGGCGCAGCCGGGAGAGCCCAGCGGAUCCCGAAACCCGGCAUGGAAGGGUGGGAAAGCUCUGGAUCCCUCUGGGAUCCCUCUGGGAGCCAUCCCGGGAAUCCGUGACCCCACGGGGAAAGGGACGAUCCACGGUCCCGGGAUCCACGGUCCCGGCUCCGCAGGGCGCGGCUGUUCCCGAGCUCCGCAGCUCCAGCCCCUCCCGGCUCCGCCAGAAGCUGGAGGGUGCCAAGGGCCGGGCCCAACCCCGGUUUCCCGGUUUCCCGGGGCCGGUGCCAGCUCCCCCCGGGGCCGGUGCCAGCUCCCCCCGGGCCGGUGCCAGCUCCCCCGGGCCGCUCCCGCCUGGCUCUGUGCGCUCGCCGCCCGUUCCCCGUCGCGCUGGGAUCCCGGGCCGUGUCCCAGCGGGAACGGGAGGAGCCCCUCGGUCCCUUCGCCCCCCUCCCCCGGAAUCUGGGACAGCUCUGUGCCCCUUCCUGCGACACCGCCCUGUCCCCUCCUGUCCUUCCCAAGGGACGGGCACAGCCGGGAGGGGCCAGAGCCACUCAGGGGCUGUGACAGCGGCACAAAGGGGGUGACAACCCCGUGGCCACCGUGCCUGCGUGCCAGGGCUGCCCCGUCACCCCCCAGGACGGGCACGAUCCCUCUCCGGGACAGCAAACACGGAACCGGGGCCGGUUUUGGGGCUGGUUCCACCAGGGCCGGGACUGGCGGCGGCUCCGAGCUCCGGCUGCCCCGGGAGGGCCCGGCCCUGCCCGGCUAAACAUUAACCCGGCAUGAACCCAAAGCCUCCGCGCCCCACAUAAAUCCUGAUUUAUUCUUUUCCAGCAGCGGGAGGAGGGGACGGGCUCAGGGCCGGGGUCUCACGGCCCCGGGAGAGGCCAGGACAGCGGCGACACGAUUUGAGUUAAUUAAACAACAGCCAUAAUGAA